AUGGAGAACCCCACCGAGCACCCUGAGCAAGCGAACUCGUCGGAACUGGGCAUCAUGCCCCGGCCUCCCGUGGCAGUACAAGCGGUGACCUUGACCCUGAUACCCCUCGUGUGCGCCGUGGGUGUGGCGGGCAACGUUAUAGUGGUCCUGGUGGUGGUCCGCCGCCACAUGGCCACACCCACCAACUGUUACCUGGUGAGCCUGGCCGCCGCCCACCGGCUGGUGCUCCUGACAGCGGGAGUGCCCACCGUGGCUGAGGCGGCGUCCACCCGGGUUUGGGUCUUCGGCCACGCAGGCUGCCUGGGCAUCACCUAUCUGCAGUACGUGGGCAUCAACGCGUCCUCAGGUUCCAUCACCGCGUUCACCGUGGAGCACCACCUCGCCCUCUGCCUUCCGCUGCGCGCCCAGGCUCUGUGCGCCGUGGCGCGGGCCGAGCGCGUCUCGGCGUUGGCGUGGAUGGGCACGGGUGCCUACCGCGUGCUCUGGCUCUUCCUGGCAGACACGCGCAAGGAGGCGUAAGCCGACGGCGUGCAGGUGCAGUGUGGCUACCGUGUGUUGCGCGCGGUCUACCUGCCCGUCCACUUUCUGGACUUCGCACUUUGCUAUGCGCCACCGGCUUCUACUCACUCAAAGCACUGCGUGCUCUUCGCGGGGCCGCUGCCACCUGCACACCUGGGACGCGCCUCCGACUCCAGCUCCGUGCACCAGGGCGGCCCCGCAGGCCGAUUACGCUUCUCCUCCUGGAGCAAGAGAGGCGCCCUCAACUCCCGGAAGCAGGCAGCCCCACCUUGUAGGAGGAGGAGGGCAGACACCUCCCCAUCUGAGUCACUGCUGACCCAGGAGGGAACCAUCUGUGCCAUCUCCCUGGGUCACCAAGAUGCUGGCUGUGGUGUGGUCCUCUUCGCUCUGCUGUGGCUGCCCCACCACACCCUGGUGGUGGUGAACUCCUUCCUGAACCCACCCUACCUCAACCCCAGCUUCCUUCUCUUCUUCCGCCUCUGCCUCUACCUGAAUAGCGCCGUCAACCCCGUCAUCUAA